CCCUAGUACAGUCACAGGCGAUUGAUUGAAUCGAAGGCAGUGCAUUAGGUACCGGCGGUAGAAGGUGAUAGACAGGUGCUUGUUACCUUUUUUCCCCCGUACAAACGCGUUGAUUCGUUGGCAGCGUAGUGAAUUUGUGUAGAAUUUCGUAAAAAAUUCGUUAAAAAGUGUCCGGAUCUGGAUGUAAAUUGACGUACUUACAAUUUUAUUACACCGUGCAAUUAGUGCUGAUACGAAUAGAUCGCGAAAGAAGCAGCAGGAAGGAGCACAACACGCAUACUGGUGACGUUGCAACUUUCUCGUCAUUUUGUUUUACGAUUCGAUGACGAAUCAAGGAAGUGUGUGUUGAGAAGUAGAGUGAAGGAAUAGCAACAGCACCACAAAACGUCUUUGUCACGAUGGAUACUAAAGAGCAGCUUGGCGAAUGGGUCUGGAUUCAGCCCAAGCAGAAGCAUGAGUUCGAGCUGCCGUACGCGGGCCGCGUGCUUCGUACGCACGAGGGCCGCACGCUGGUGGCGAACGACGAUGGGGAAGAGUUCUGGGUGAAGGACGCCGAGAUAAUCAAACCGAUGCACGUGACGUCACAGAAGACCGUGCACGACAUGAUAACGCUCGGCGACCUCCAGGAGUACGCCAUACUGCGUAAUCUCAUCGUUCGCUACCGGCAGAAGCAGAUUUAUACGUACACGGGCAGCAUGCUGGUUGCGAUAAACCCGUACGAGAUACUGCCGAUCUAUACCUACGCCGAGAUCAAUCUGUAUCGCGACCGUAAGCUGGGCGAGUUGCCACCGCACAUCUUCGCGAUCGGGGACAGUGCGUACCAGGAGAUGAAGCGCGAGCAGCGCGAUCAGUGCAUCGUGAUCAGUGGCGAGUCGGGCGCUGGGAAGACGGAAAGCACCAAGCUGAUCCUGCAGUAUCUGGCCGCCACGAGCGGGAAGCAUUCGUGGAUCGAGCAGCAGAUCAUCGAGUCGAACCCGAUCCUGGAAGCGUUCGGGAAUGCGAAAACGAUGCGCAACGAUAAUUCGUCCCGGUUUGGCAAGUACAUCGAUGUGCACUUUACGGCGGAGGGCGCGAUUGGAGGGGCUCGGAUUGAGCAGUACCUGUUGGAGAAGUCACGCAUUGUGCGGCAGAAUAGGGGCGAGCGGAACUAUCACAUCUUUUACUCGAUGCUGGCGGGGCUGUCGAAGGAUGAACGGAGGGCGCUCGAUUUGGAGGAUGCGCCGAAGGCGUACGCUUAUCUUACCAGUGGGCAGACGUUGCUUUGUGAGGGCCGGAACGAUGCGAAAGAGUUUGCCGAUGUGCGGUCGGCGAUGACGGUGCUGGCGUUCGAUGAUGAGGAGAUUCGGUCGAUACUGCGCCUGCUGGCGGCCAUCCUGCACAUGGGCAACGUGAAGUAUAAGGCGACGGUGGUGCAGAACAUUGAUGCGGUGGAGAUUAGUGAUACGGUGAAUGUGGGCCGGGUGGCGGUGCUGCUCGGUGUGUCCAAGGCGCAGCUGCUGAGUGCACUGACGCGCCGGACGAUCCUGGCACAUGGAGAGCGGGUAGUGUCGCAGCUUUCGAAGGAUCAGGCACUGGAGGCGAGGGAUGCGUUUGUGAAGGCGAUCUACGGGAAGCUGUUCAUCACGAUCGUGGACAAGAUCAACCGGGCGAUCUACAAGCCGUCGGGCAGGGGUAAGCUGUCGAUCGGUGUGCUGGACAUCUUCGGGUUCGAGCAGUUCGAGGUGAACAGCUUCGAGCAGCUGUGCAUCAACUAUGCGAACGAGAACUUGCAGCAGUUCUUCGUGAAGCACAUCUUCAAGAUGGAGCAAGCGGAGUACGCACGGGAAGGCAUCAACUGGACCACGAUCGACUUUAUCGACAAUCAGGAAAUUCUGGACAUGAUCGGCAUGAAGUCGCUCAACCUUAUGUCGCUGAUCGACGAAGAGACGCGCUUCCCGAAGGGCACCGAUCUGACCAUGCUCUCGAAGCUACACACAACGCACGGCACGAAAUCGGUCUACGUGAAACCGAAGUAUGAUAAGGACGCAGCGUUCGGCAUACAGCACUUUGCGGGCGUCGUGUUCUACCGGGUGGAUGGUUUUCUGGAGAAAAAUCGCGACUCGUUCAGUGCCGACCUGAAGGAGCUGGUAACGAAGAGCACCAACGACUAUCUGGUGGCACUGUUCGGGACGGAUGACUCGCUGGACACGACCAAGCGGUCGAUUACGCUGUCGCUGCAGUUCAGGAAUUCGCUUGACUCGCUGAUGCGUACGCUUUCCUCCUGCCAUCCGUACUUCAUCCGCUGCAUCAAGCCGAACGAUAUAAAGAGACCAAAGAUCAUCGAUAAGGCACUGUGUGUACGACAGCUUCGCUAUUCGGGCAUGAUGGAAACGGCAAAGAUAAGAAAGGCUGGAUACGCCGUCCGACACACGUACCGUGAGUUUGUGCAGCGGUAUCGUCACCUCGUGCCUGGCAUUGGUCCCGCCCACAAGGUGGACUGUGUGCAGGCGGCGAAGGAUAUCUGCGCCAAGGUGCUCGUCACCAUACCGGACGACUAUCAGUUCGGCAUGACGAAGGUGUUCCUGAAGGAAAGUCACGACUAUCUGCUCGAAUCGGAACGAUCGCGUGUGUAUCUACACUACGUAGUGCUGAUUCAACGCGCCCUGCGCAAGGUCCUAUUCUGGAGGUAUUUGCGCCGCUACCGCCAGGCAGCGAUCACGAUCCAGAAGCACUGGCGAGCCCGUGGCUACCGUGCGGAGUACUUGAUCAUGCGCAACGGCUACCGGCGACUACAAUCGGUCAUCAAAUCGCGCACCCAAACGUACGCCUUCGGACGGCUGCGGGAAGCGAUCGUACAACUACAGGCCCAGUGCCGUGGGUAUCUAACGCGCCGCAAUCUACGCGAUCGUAUCACCUACCGAGCGCGGCGCAUGCACGAAAUCAUUGCGCUGCAGCGCACCGAGGAGCUACAGUUCCGCAAGUCGGGCAAUGCGCGCUGGCAGGAGGACGCCGAACACAACUACUGGCUGCGGGUGGAUGAGCUUAACAAGGAGAUGGCGGAGCCGCCGCCACCACCACCAGCACCGCCCACUAUGGUGGUGGUGCAGCCGCAGCCGAGCAUUAACGUGGAGGAGGACAACAAGAUCGUGGACGACGUGUUCGGGUUUCUGGAAGGUACUACGAGCCCCGAGCCGGUACCGAAGCGGAAACCAUCGCUAGCCGGUGCUGACCAGCCAGAAGGAACGGAUCAGCAGCAGCAACAACAAACGGUUUCUUAUCGGGAGGAUUUAUCCGACUACAACUUUUCCAAAUUUGCGGCCACCUACUUUGCGAACAAUGCGUCUUAUCAGUUCAGCAAGCGCAAGCUUAAAUCCUCCCUGCUCGAUCUGUACAGCACGGCCGAUGUGAUAUCCGCCCAGGCUCUUUGGAUCACGAUUCUACGCUUUAUGGGUGAUAUGGCGGACGCGAAGUACGAAGAUGAAAGUGACGACUCCAAGCUGAAACCUGUGAUGCAGCGUGUAACCGUCACGUUGGGGCGCAAUUUUGCCAAGACGAAGGACUUCCAGGCAUUCCAGGAAACGCUGUCCGAGCACGAUCGUAAGAUGAUCCACCGGACGUUGAAGAAGAAGUCCAAAAUCCCCGCCGAGCUGAAGUCGAUCGUGGAGAACACGGAGGAAAUUACGGACUAUCAGGAGUUUCUGAACAGUCGCAGCAACAAUCUGGACAAGCUGCACUUUAUCAUUGGGCAUGGCAUUUUGAACAAGAACUUGCGUGAUGAGAUUUACUGUCAGAUCUGUAAGCAGCUUACCAACAACCCAACGGCCACUUCGCAUGCAAAGGGAUGGAUCUUGCUCUCGCUGUGUGUGGGUUGUUUCCCACCGUCGGAACGGUUUGAGAAGUAUCUGCGAUCGUUCAUAAGGGACGGUCCCGAGUUGUAUGCCCCAUACUGCGAGCUACGGCUUGAUCGUACCCUGAAGAAUGGUACACGCCGACAACCUCCAUCCCUGCUGGAGCUACAGGCAACUAAAACGAAACGACCGAUCAGUGUCGGUGUGAUCCUGAUGGAUGGUAGCAAACGUACGCUGGAGACCGACUCUGCCACAACGGCCGGUGAGCUGUGCGAGAAGGUGAGCGAGCUGGUGGGAUUGAAAGAUUGCUUCGGCUUUUCGAUCUUCAUCACAAUGCAGGACAAGGUGCUGUCGCUGCAGAGCGGUCGUGAGUUCUUGAUGGACGCGAUCUCCAACUGUGAACAGUACGCGAAAGAGCAGGGGCAGAGUGAGCGAGCGGCUGAUUGGAAGAUCUUCUUCCGUAAGGAACUGUUCGCCCCGUGGCACGAUCCUGCCAUUGAUCCCAUUGCAACGGAGCUGAUAUAUGCGCAGAUUGUGCGUGGCUUGAAUUUGGGAGAGCUUGUCAGCAAUUCGGACAAGGAUUUGGCGAUGCUUGCCGCGCUGCAGUACUACGCAGAGUAUGGAAGUGAGAUAAGCACGAAAACACUGCAGGAGAGACUGAAGGAUUUCCUGCCGAAAAGUGUCCUGAGAGCGGAGACGACUCCACGCUGGAUGCAGAUGAUCGAGAGUGCGUUCAAGAAGAGUCGAUGCGUGAAGGAGUUCCUACAGCGCGGUGUUGCCAAGGAGGACAUUGUGCUGUUUGCGAAGAUAACAUGGGGUAUGAUGUUUUCGCGCUUCUUCGAGGCGGUUCAGUGCAGUGGUCCAUCACUAGCCGCGGCAAGCGUAAUCAUUGCGGUGAACUGGUCCGGGGUAUACUUUGUGGAUGAACAGGAGCAGGUGCUUGUGGAGCUGUCCUAUCCGGAGGUGGUGCACAUUAGCUGUGAGGAAGAUGGGGAGACGGAAGUAGGCACAUUGUAUAUUGGGACGAUUCAGGGCGAGGAGUUUAGCUUCAAAACGUUCGACGCGAAGGUAGUGGCGGAGUUGGUGAACUUCCUGCUGGAUGGGUUGAAGAAGCGCAGCAUCUACGCGAUCGUGGUGCAGUCGUACAAAUCGGACACAACGGACGAUACGGUGCUGACGCUGCUGAAGGGUGAUCUGAUAACGCUCGGGCAAGGGUUCACCGGUGAGUCGUUGAUGGCUGAGGAGGCUACUUGGGGGUAUGGUGAGAGCAAUGGCAAGUCGGGCUACUUCCCAACGGAAUCGAUCUACAUUCUACCAACGAUCUUGCCUCCUUCGGGUGUUGUGCUGAACUUCUACAAGAAAGAGAAUGCGAUAAAGAGCAAGAAACAUGCUGGACCGAUCUACAACACCAUUCAGAGGAAGAAGAUGCACACUUUGCAGCAGUUUGCAUCGAAUCACUUCCGAGCCCCGAUUGCGAUUGUGUCCUCUUCAACAAGCAUCACUAGUGUGCGCAGGACGACAGUUGAAGAGCUCUGGAAGCACACGAGGGAUCCAAUGAAGGCGCCACUGCUUGAACGUCUUCAAAACGAUCGUGCCAAGUGCGAUACUGCUGUGAUGAUUUUCACCCUGAUUUUGAAGUACAUGGGCGACCUGCCGAAAAGCCGUGAACCGAUCGAUGUCGCCAAAAUAUUCACCCCAGCAAUGUCCGACGACCUGCUUCGUGAUGAAGUUUACUGUCAAAUGAUGCGCCAGCUGACCGAAAACAAGAUCCAAAUCAGUGAAGAACGUGGCUGGGAUCUGCUGUGGCUUGCGACGGGUGUAAUGCUCCCGAGCCAACCGCUCCAGAAGGAACUGUUUCUGUUCCUGCGCACCCGCAAGCAUCCGAUCGCGAUCGAUUGUUUGCAGCGGCUGCAGAAAACGAUCAAGCUGGGCGCUCGGAAGUAUCCGCCGUACAUUGUCGAGGUGGAAGCGAUACGCUACCGUACGGUGGAGAUCUACCACAAGGUUUACUUCCCGGACGAUACGGACGAAGCGUUCCAGAUCGAGUCGUGCACCAAGACGAAGGAUUUGAUACAGACCAUUACUCGGCGGUUAGAGCUAAAGUCGUGCGAAGGGUUCAGUCUGUUCAUCAAGGUGAUGGACAAGGUACUGUCCGUGCCGGAGGAUUACUUUGUGUUUGAUUUCAUCUACGAACUGUUGGAGUGGUUGCGCGAGACCCACCCAUCGCGUACGAACGACAACCGCAUCCAGUGUGAGUAUCAGCUGUUCUUCAUGAAGAAACUGUGGCUCGCCGUAGUGCCGGGGCGUGAUCGCAAUGCGGACGAGAUAUUCCACUUCCACCAGGAGGUGCCGAAGGUGCUGCAAGGCUACUAUCAACUCACCAAGGAGCAGGUGGUGGAUCUGGCAGCGUACAUCUUCUGGGCACAGUAUGAAGUGUCCGAUCUGGCAUUGCUUAGCAAGAGCUUCCACGACUUCCUGCCCGUACUGAUAGCGAAGGAUGCGGAACGGCUGCAGAAGCUAGAUCACUGGAAGCGUGAUAUCGUUGCGAAGAUUGACUCGGUCAAGGGAAUCACCGUGAGCGAAGCGAAGCUAGCCUUCUUGAAGAUCAUGCAACAAUUCCCAAUGUUUGGCUCAACGUUCUUCGUGGUAAACCAAGCGACUGAUCAGAACCUACCAGCGAUGCUGCUGAUAGCGAUCAAUCGCACCGGCUUCCAUCUGAUCGAUCCACACACAAAGGAGGUGCUGCAGAGCUACAGCUACACCGAGCUAAACUUCUGGAGCUCGGGCAAUACGUACUUCCACGUGAAGUUUGGCAGCUUGAUGGGAUCGACCAAGCUGCUGCUAGAAACGAAGCAAGGGUACAAGAUGGAUGAACUGCUGGCGUCCUACAUACGCCACUUUAAAGCGCAAGCUCAACGAAACUAGCGCACUGCAAGCGAACCAGUUGCAAAGCAUGGAAUAGCGAAAGUGGGAAAGAUAUGUAAACCGUUUUAAGUUUAGUUGUAUUGCUUUAUUGGAAUAGGGAAAUAAAAACAGGCAGUGCCGUUUAGACGUA